AUGGUUGACAUUUUGCGCGAAGUCAUCGAUCUCAUCUCUCAACCACUUCACCCAUACUGUCCACAAAGACGUCCGAACGUGCUAUUGGACGGCAUGGUGUUCAUCGUCAAGAUACCCAAUCGCUCGCGCGGCAACACACCAGAAGCAUCGAAUACCCCCGCUAGCAAGCAAGCACCAAACAUGGACGCACAGACCCUCCCUCCUCAAGCAGCAACUUCGGACAACGGCUUCUUGCAGGCCAGCAACACAAUGGCACAAUACAGCCAAGCAUAUACGACCAGUGGUGCUUCGAGUGCAAGCGUCAAUGUACCGCAUUCGCCGGACGCUCAGUCACAACACGGUGCAGAACUCAACGUUCUCGUGGCACCCACCGUGCUCAACCACAGAUACGUGCGAGGUAUGGACAAGAGUCUGAUUGUCGAACGACCGGAACGCAUUCGAGCAGUACUGCUGGCAGCGCCGACAAUCAACACACCAGCACAAGACGAUGAUGAUCUUGUAGCACGACUCAACUCGCUCUCGGUCAAUAGCACCUCUUCCCAACAGGAUGCAGCCCAAGCCCCUCAGCAGAAGUUCCGCGUCCUUCAUUCGACGCGGUAUCUGCCGCUCGACCCGCCUCAUCCCGCCGUGGCCUUCACUCACGUUCACUCGGAUGAGCUCGCACAGGUUCUAGAGAGAGCUUAUGAUCAAGCAAAGCAGCGUAGGCGCGAUGCUCAUGCUGCAGUUCCCGACCCAAACGCUGGUCCAUCAUCGCGGCACAGCGCAAUCGAGGACAAGCCUGAACGCGAAGCGACACCGACACCAUACUCUGUAGCCGACAUCGCAUCGCAACCGGCGGCAGAAUCAGCUCCAACCACGCAGCGCACAUCUCAUGCAGCCUACCUCAAAUACCUUUGCGCACGUGCACCCAACCAUCCACCUGUAUCUCACGCCAAGCCGUAG